GCCCCGUGUGCCGCUGGGAGCUGCCCACAGACAACAAGGAGUUCGAGCAGAGCCGCGCCGAGCGCAUGGCAGGCCGCAAGGUCCGGCUGAGGCACACGGACCUCUCCGUGAAGUCUGCCGCGGAGCUGCGGAGAUUCGCGCACUUCCUCGGCGUAGAGGUGAAGGAUUGCCUGGAGAAG